AGCGGAACCUUGUUGCUUCAGACCUCCGAAUCCAGGGGAAUGAUAUCUGCUGGAUCGCGGUACCGGUAAAGAGAUGAUCUCCCUCCGAGGCUAAAAUGGCCUGGAUGCAAAGGCUGCGGAAGAACAAAUCGCUGCAAUAUGGGCUCCCGAUGAUGGUGUUAAUAGUUGGUGGGUCAUUUGGGCUCCGUGAAUUUGCACAGGUUCGAUAUGAUAUUCAAAAGAUUCGUGGCAAGAUGGAUCCAGAAUUGGAAAAAAAGCUCAAAAAGAGUAAGGUAACACUGGAAGAAGAAUAUGAGAAAGUAAAAAAUACCUCAUUUGAUGACUGGAAGAACAUCAGAGGGCCCCGUCCGUGGGAAGAGACUGGGUCUGAUCAAGAGAAGCAGCAGUAGCAAUAAAUUUUGCCUAAAAGUCAACAACCUUACUAAUUAACUACUUACGCCCUUGAACUGUUUUCUUUCUCCUGUAAGACGCAUAAGAUGGGUGAAUUAAUAGAAUCAGCUAUUAAGAGUAUGUUUGGCAUAGCUAAGCAGAAGCCUUAUAAAUAAAUAUUUUGAACUUU